AUGGAACCUGACAAUGAUUGUGGUUGGAAGCCAAAAGUAGGAAUGACCUUUGAUUCGGAAGAAAGUGCGUACGAUUUUUAUAAUGCAUAUGGAGGAAGAAUGGGAUUUAGCAUAAGAAGGGAAUAUUGUAAGAAGAACAAGUUAACAAAACAAAUUAUUUCUAGAAAUUUGGUUUGCAACAAAGAGGGAUUUCGGAAGGUUGACAAGCGAGACCCAUUGACAAAAACCCCUAGAGCUGAAACUAGGACUGGUUGUGAGGCCCGACUUUUUGUUAAAUUGGAUGUCAAUAGUGGGAAAUUUGUUGUGAUUGAUUUCAAAGAAAAACACAACCAUGAACUUGUAUCUCUUGAUUGUGCCCAUAUGUUGUCAUCGCAAAGAAAGAUAUCAGAUACCCAAGCAAUUGAGUUAGACUUAGCCUCAGAGUCUGGUCUUCGUUUAGGGCAGUCUUUUGAACUGAUGGGUAGGGAAGCUGGAGGGCGGCAGUCUCUUGACAAUGAAGAGCAAAUAGGGAAUAUGUUUUGGGCCGAUGCACAAAUGGUCAUGGAUUAUGCCCAAUUUGGUGAUGUAGUUACAUUUGAUACUACCUACAAGUUAAAUAAAGAGCAUAGGCCAUUUGCAUCUUUUGUGGGAUGUAAUCACCAUAGAGAAACAGUUGUUUUUGGUGCUGCGUUGUUAUAUGAUAAGACUGCCGAAACAUUUGUAUGGUUAUUUCAAACUUUUUUAGAGGCUAUGUCAAAAAAGGCACCAAAAACUUUGUUUACCGAUGAAGAUGCUGCAAUGGCUAAGGCCAUACCCAUUGUCAUGCCUGACACGAGUCACCGUUUGUGCACUUGGCACUUGAUGCAAAAUGCAUUAAGGCAUGGUAAUUGUCUCUUUCAAGAUAAGGGGGUGAAAGGUGUAUUAAAUAGAUUCAUGUUUGAUAUUGAGGAUGAAAAUGAAUGGGAAAUGAAGUGGGGGGAAAUGCUUGAUACAUAUGAUGCUCAUGACAAUCAUUGGUUGAAGUUGAUUUUUGGGGUGAAGGAAAAAUGGGGCUGGCCAUAUGUUAGAUCAACAUGGGCUGCGGGAAUGAGUACAACACAACUUAGUGAAUCUUUUAAUGCAUUUUUGAAGGAUUACAUUCGUUCUGAUUUUAAUUUAAAUGAAUUCUUCAUGCAUUUUGAAAGGGUACUUUGUGAGAAGCGGUACAAGGAGUUAGAAGCUGGAUAUGCUUUAUGCCAAAGGUUGCCAAGGGUGCGAGCGCCAUUCAUAAUGUUGAGUCAAAUGGGUAAUGUGUACACUAAAAAUAUUUUUGAGGAGUUUCAAGAUGAGUAUUUUCUUUCUGUUGAAUCAGACAUACAAGCAAUUGAAUACAUUGAUGGUUGUAGCCUAUACACAGUUGUUGAUGCUAUUGGGAAAAAUGCAAGGAAAGUGAAAAUGGAGAUGGAUGGCUCUUUGGCUUGUAGUUGUUCAAAGUUUGAAAGGAAAGGGAUUUUGUGCAGUCACUGUUUGAAGGUUAUGAGAGAAAUAUUGAAGUUGAAAGAGAUUCCUUCACAAUACAUUAUGAAGAGGUGGACCAAACAAGCAAAGAGGAGAAGUUGUGACGGACAAGUUAGGGAAUGA